CCCAGCUUAAGUGUCCACAGUCCUCCGGCUACUGCCCAGCUAUGGCCAGUCUGCUCUGGGCUGCUGUAACGGGGAGACUGUUCCCUUGGAGGGGCUACUGCUCCAGGGGGACUCAGGGCAAACUCAGCAAGGACUUUGUGGAGGCUCUGAAGGCAGUUGUGGGGAGUCCCCAUGUGACUACUGCUGCUUCGGUCCUAGAGCAACACGGGCAUGAUGAGUCGAUGCAUAGGUGCCAACCUCCAGACGUCGUGGUGUGGCCCCAGAAUGUGGAGCAUGUCAGCCAGCUGGCAGCCCUGUGCUAUGGCCAAAAUGUGCCCAUCAUCCCAUUCGGUACAGGCACCGGGCUUGAGGGUGGAGUCUGUGCUGUGCAGGGUGGUGUCUGCAUCAAUCUGACACAUAUGGACCGAAUCCUGGAGCUGAAUCCAGAAGACUUCUCUGUGGUGGUGGAACCUGGCGUCACCCGCAAAGCACUCAACACCCACUUGCGGGGCAGUGGCCUCUGGUUUCCUGUAGACCCAGGGGCGGACGCCUCUCUCUGUGGCAUGGCGGCCACUGGGGCCUCAGGCACCAACACUGUGCGCUAUGGUACCAUGCGGGACAACGUGCUAAACCUGGAGGUGGUGCUGCCUGGUGGGCAACUACUUCACACCGCGGGCCGAGGCCGUCAUUUCCGGAAGAGCGCAGCUGGCUACAACCUCACCGGGCUCUUUGUGGGCUCUGAGGGGACGCUGGGCCUCAUCACAGCAGCUACCCUGCGCCUGCACCCUGUCCCUGAGGCCACGGUGGCUGCCACCUGUGCAUUCCCCAGUGUCCAGGCGGCCGUGGACAGCACCAUAUGCAUCCUCCAGGCUGCAGUGCCCGUGGCCCGCAUCGAGUUCCUGGAUGAUGUCACGAUGGAUGCCUGCAACAGGUACAGCAACCUGAACAGCUCCGUGGCACCCACACUCUUUCUUGAAUUCCAUGGCUCCAAGCAGGCGCUGGAAGAGCAGCUACAGCGGGCAGAGGAGAUCACCCAGUACCAUGGAGCCUCCCACUUCUCCUGGGCCAAGGAGGCGGAGCAGCGCAGCAAGCUCUGGACCGCAAGGCACAACGUCUGGUACGCAAUCCUGGCCUUGCGGCCGGGCUGCAAGGGCUAUUCCACCGAUGUCUGUGUGCCCAUCUCCCGGCUGCCGGAGAUCCUGGUGCAGACCAAGGAGGACCUGAAGGCCUCGGGGCUCACAGGAGCCAUUGUUGGACACGUGGGUGACGGCAACUUCCAUUGCAUCCUACUGGUAGACCCAGAGGACGCUGAGGAACGUCAGAGGGUUAAGGCCUUUUCACAUCAGCUGGUCAGGCGGGCACUGGCACUCCGUGGGACAUGCACUGGGGAGCAUGGCAUUGGGCUGGGCAAACGGCAGCUGUUGCAGGAGGAGGUGGGCACCGUGGGCAUGGAGACCAUGUGGCAGAUCAAGGCCACACUGGAUCCCCGAGGCCUCAUGAACCCAGGCAAGGUGCUGUGAGGGGCCCCAAGCACUUGGCCCCCAAGUUCCCAGACAACGGAACCUCCUGCUCUGGAAUCUUUCUUCGUAACAGAGAACAGCUCUGCCUUUGCCUCUUAUCUGGAACCCAAGGGCAGAGGCUAGGCGAGAAGCCAGUGUGCGAGACUCCUUCCUGGCCCUCUUGCUGUCCUCAGGAGCCUUUGGUCCAGUAAACGGUUCAGGGUCAUUCUGCUGAAGCUGCUUCCUCUGUUCUUUUACACAUCCUGUCCUGGCUGGAAGGAGCAGUAUGGGUCACCCCAAAGACUAAGGCCACUCCUCUCCAUCCAGGCCUCCUCAUUGCUGGGGGCCUGGGACAAAGCCUGAGGGACCCAGCGCCCUUAGCCCUCUUCUGUCUGACUGGUGACGGAUACUCCUUUCUUGGUAUGGAAGGGGGCCUUGAUAUUUCUCCUUGGGGUUCUCAAAAUAAACCUGGACCCCAUGUGUGGCA